AUGGCCACCGUCAGAAUAUGUGUCUGCGGUGACGAGGGGUGUGGUAAGUCUAGUCUUAUCACUUCUCUCGUAAAAGAUACCUUCGUCAGCAACAGAAUACAAGCCGUUCUCCCUCAAAUCACCAUCCCUCCAACCCUGGGCACUCCUGAAAGUGUCACCACGACCAUAGUCGAUACCUCUGCUUUGCCUCAAGAUCGUGCCGCCCUAGCAAAUGAACUCCGCAAGUCCAAUGUUAUUCUCCUCGUCUAUUCCGACCACUACAGUUACGAAAGAGUCGCGCUGUUCUGGCUACCACAUUUCCGAUCAUUGGGUGUCAACCUCCCAGUCAUUUUAUGUGCGAACAAGUCCGAUUUGGUCACAACCACUACGUCUGCCCAGGUAGUGGAGGAAGAGAUGCUCCCGGUAAUGGCUGAAUUCAAAGAGAUUGACUCUUGCAUACGUACCAGUGCCCGUGACCACUACAAUGUCAAUGAAGCCUUCUUCCUUUGCCAAAAGGCGGUAACACACCCUGUCGCGCCUCUGUUCGAUGCCAAAGAGUUGGUCCUCAAGCCUGCUGCAACCGCCGCCCUUUUGCGCAUAUUCUAUCUCUGUGAUAAAGACCAAGAUGGAUAUCUCAACGAUAAGGAGAUGGGAGAUUUCCAGAUCAAAUGCUUCGACAAAGGCCUAAGCCCCGAUGAUUUGCAGCAUAUCAAGGACACAAUCAAUCACCACCUUCCGGGGACGGUUGCAGCUCGUGGAAUCAAUCCACAGGCUUUCCUCCUGCUCAACAAGCUCUACGCAGAAAAGGGCCGCCACGAGACAAUUUGGGUCAUUUUGAGAACGUUUCAAUACACAGACAGCCUCUCUUUGCAGGAGUCCUUCCUUCACCCGAAAUUCGAAGUGCCCGAGUUUGCUUCAGCCGAGCUGUCGCCCGCGGGAUAUCGAUUUUUUGUCGACCUUUUUCUAACUUCAGACCGAGAUAAUGACGGGGGUUUGAGGGAUGAAGAGCUUGCAUCUUUGUUCGCCCCGACACCAGGCAUACCACAGUCCUGGGUCGACAACAAUUUUCCAGCUUGCACUGUCCGAAAUGAUGCUGGUCAUGUGACUCUACAGGGUUGGCUUGCGCAAUGGUCCAUGACGACCUUUACUUCUCCAAAGACAACUCUUGAGUAUCUGGCAUAUUUGGGAUUUGAAUCGCCUGAUCGUUCCAACACAACUACCACGGCCGCCCUCAAAUUGACGAAACCUCGCAAGCGUAGAAGAAGGCCAGGGAGAAUAGGUAGAAAUGUCAUAUUGGCCCACGUGCUUGGAGCAUCACAGUCGGGAAAAUCGACCUUGCUCGACACAUUUCUCGCUCGACCGUUCAACAAUCUGUAUUUGCCAACGAUUCAACCGAGAGUAGCAGUCAACACGGUUGAACUACCUGGAGGUCGCCAGUGUUAUCUGAUUCUAAAGGAACUGGGCGAGUCGGAAGCGGCUGUGCUCGAAAAUAAGAAUAAGCUACUCGACCAGUGUGAUGUUAUAGUUUACACAUAUGAUUCAUCUGAUCCAGAUUCUUUCGCUUACAUACCAAAUAUCAGAAAAGCGUAUCCUCAUCUUGAGGAUCUACCAUCGGUCUACGUCGCCUUGAAAGCUGAUUUAGAUCGGAAUACGCAACGAUCCGAAUAUCAGCCAGACGAAUAUGUUGGUCAGAUCCAGAGGAUGCCUCAAGGGCCGCCCAUCUCUACAAGUGUGAGAUGGCCAUCGAUUCAAGAACUAUUUGUUUCAAUCGCCGAGUUUGCUCUGGAACCGGUCACAGCAUACCCUCGACCUCUACAGGAAGAUGAUGAUGGUCAACUGAUGCGAUAUGGUCUGGUGAUUGGGGUAAUAGUAUGCGCUGGAGCAGCUGCCGUAGUGAUCUGGAGAAGAUCGGCGGUUCCAGGUGGCUGA